GGAGAAGGGAGGAACUUGGCAGUGAAAACAUCUGGAGAGUCUCUUGAGCCUUUCCCUGUCUUGCUCCUGCAGGAGGGAGACGGGCAUGUCUUUUAUCCAGGUGGAAGAGUCCUCCGACUUCCCCAUCCAGAAUCUGCCCUAUGGGGUCUUCUCCACCAAGGAGGAGUCCAGACACAGGAUCGGGGUAGCCAUCGGCGACCAAGUGCUGGACCUCAGUGCUAUUAAACACCUGUUUGAUGGACCCAUCCUUUCGAAGCACCGCCAUGUCUUUGAGCAGCCAACUCUUAAUCAUUUCAUGGCCCUGGGCUCGGAAGCAUGGAAGGAAGCCCGGAUGCGUCUCCAGCAGCUACUCUCGGCCAAAGAGCCGACGCUAAGAGAUAACACGGAGCUGCGUAAAAGAGCUUUCAUACCUCAAGCUGCUGCUCUCAUGCACCUUCCAGCUGAUAUUGGGGAUUAUACGGAUUUCUAUUCCUCUCGUCAACAUGCCACCAAUGUCGGGGUGAUGUUCCGGGGCAAGGAGAAUGCUCUCAUGCCCAACUGGUUGCACCUACCAGUUGGAUACCACGGCCGGGCCUCUUCAGUUGUCGUAUCUGGAACUCCGAUCCCGAGGCCGACGGGACAAAUGCGACCCGAUGACACUAAGCCUCCAGUGUUUGGUGCGUGUAAACUUUUGGAUUUUGAAUUAGAGAUGGCUUUCUUUGUAGGUCCUGGAAACAAACUUGGGGAGCCGAUUCCCAUCAACGAAGCUCACCGGCAUAUCUUCGGGAUGGUCCUCAUGAACGACUGGAGUGCUCGUGACAUUCAGAAGUGGGAGUACGUCCCUCUCGGUCCCUUUCUGGGCAAGAGUUUCGGCACCACCAUCUCGCCGUGGGUGGUGACGAUGGAAGCUCUCGCGCCCUUCGCCUUGCCCAAUCCCAUCCAGGACCCCAAGCCGCUGCCUUACCUCUGCGAUGACCAACCUUACACGUUUGACAUCAACCUCUUUGUCGCUCUUAAAGGAGAUAAGAUGAAGAAGCCGGCUACUCUUUGUCGUUCAAACUUUAAGUACAUGUACUGGACCAUGAAGCAACAGCUGGCUCAUCACACUGUCAAUGGCUGCAACCUCAGACCUGGAGACCUCCUGGCAUCGGGAACUAUCAGUGGACCCGAUCCUGAGAACUUUGGUUCCAUGUUGGAACUCUCAUGGAAAGGGACCAAAACGGUUGAACUUGGGGACGGCCAAACGCGGAAAUUUCUGCAAGAUGGAGACGAGGUCAUUAUAACCGGAUACUGCCAAGGCAACGGUUACCGCGUCGGUUUUGGUGAAUGUUCAGGAAAAGUGCUCCCAGCGAAACCCGUCUGAGGCUUUUCUUUCGAGAGUCUCCUGGUGGCGGGGAAGAGGAGAGAGGAAGGAAUAAAGAAGGAAGAUUGCAGUUGAUUCUAUUUCUGAGCCUGUUGUUGUGGCGAAUAAACAGAAAGUAGGCCUCUUGGACA